AAAAUUUCUAGCAUCUAAAAGUUAGCAGAGCAGGAAACAAAAACACCACGGCCUUCCGCUUCAGCCUCGCCACUUUCUCUCACACCCUCUCCCCGUCACUCGCCGAAAAUAAUGUCCGAUAUCAAGGGAGGAAAGCGUUCAAGCGCCGACGCCGACGAAUCUACGCGAAAGAAGGCCAAGAAGGACGGCGAGGACGAGAAAUACAACCCCUACCUUGCUCACAUGUACGACAACGGUAACAGCAAUGGUAAUGGCGCAGAGCCUUCGCCGGACUCUCCUCUCGCCGGUAUGAAGAGGCAGCAUACUACCGCUGCCCAGGCUUCAAAAGCUGAGGACUCUGAGUCGAACCCUUUCACCGGCCGACCUCAUUCGCAAAAGUACUUCCAGAUUCUCCAGGGCCGUCGCGAUCUGCCGGUCCACAAGCAACGACAAGAGUUUUUGGACAAGUAUCACUCAACACAGAUUCUCGUCUUUGUCGGUGAGACAGGUUCUGGAAAGACUACUCAAAUUCCUCAGUAUGUCGUCUACGACGAGCUACCUCAUCUUACCGGCAAGCUUAUCGCCUGUACGCAGCCACGUCGAGUCGCCGCCAUGUCGGUCGCCCAGCGUGUCGCCGACGAGAUGGACGUCACCCUAGGCGAGGAAGUUGGUUACAGCAUUCGUUUCGAGGACAUGACAGGUCCUAAGACUAUGCUCAAGUACAUGACUGAUGGUAUGCUUCUGCGCGAGGCCAUGCACGACCACGAGAUGUCUCGCUACAGUUGUAUCAUUCUCGAUGAGGCUCACGAACGUACUCUCGCGACCGAUAUUCUCAUGGCUCUGCUCAAGCAGAUUUCUAUGCGCCGUCCCGACCUCAAGAUCAUUAUCAUGUCUGCUACUCUCGAUGCUCAAAAGUUCCAAAAGUAUUUCAACGAUGCGCCCCUGCUCGCUGUCCCCGGUCGAACACACCCUGUCGAGAUCUUUUACACCCCCGAGCCUGAGCGCGAUUACGUCGAGGCCGCCAUAAGAACCGUUCUCCAGAUUCACGCUUCAGAGCCUGAGGGUGAUGUUUUGCUUUUCCUUACUGGUGAAGACGAGAUUGAGGACGCUUGUCGCAAGAUCAGCCUCGAGGCUGAUGAGCUGAUGCGCGAGGUCGACGCUGGUCCUCUCGCCGUUUACCCUCUAUAUGGUACCCUGCCUCCCCACCAGCAACAGCGCAUCUUCGACAAGGCCCCUCCGCCUAUUCGCAAGGGCGGUCGUCCUGGUCGCAAGGUCAUUGUUUCCACCAAUAUUGCCGAAACUAGUUUGACUAUCGACGGUAUCGUCUAUGUCGUGGAUCCUGGUUUUAGCAAACAGAAGAUCUACAACCCUCGUAUCCGUGUCGAGUCCCUUCUUGUCUCGCCCAUCUCCAAGGCUUCAGCCCAGCAGCGUGCUGGUCGUGCUGGUCGUACCAAGCCCGGAAAGUGUUUCCGUCUGUACACCGAGAAGGCAUUCAAGAAGGAGCUUAUUGAGCAAACAUAUCCCGAGAUUCUGCGCUCCAACCUUGCCAACACCGUUCUGGAGCUAAAGAAGCUUGGUGUGGAGGAUCUUGUUCACUUCGAUCUUAUGGACCCCCCCGCUCCCGAGACCAUGAUGCGCGCCCUGGAGGAGCUCAACUAUCUUGCCUGUCUUGACGACGAUGGUGAGCUGACCACUCUCGGCAGCAUGGCCUCAGCAUUCCCCCUUGAUCCCGCUCUGGCGGUCAUGCUUAUCUCGUCUCCCGAGUUCUACUGCUCCAACGAGAUUCUCUCUAUUACCUCGCUUCUCUCAGUUCCUCAAAUCUUUACUCGCCCUGCCAACAACCGAAAGCGCGCCGAUGAGAUGAAGGCUCAAUUCGCGCAUCCUGAUGGUGACCACCUCACCCUGCUCAACGCCUACCACGCUUUCAAGGGCCAGGCAACAUCUGACCCCAACAGUGCCAAGCAGUGGUGCCACGAGCACUUCCUCUCCUACCGACAUCUCUCAAGUGCGGAUAACGUUCGCGCUCAGCUCAAGCGCAUCAUGGAGACGCAUGGCUUGGAGCUUGUGUCGACACCAUUCGAGGACAAGAAUUACUAUACCAACAUUCGACGCGCACUGCUCGCCGGUUUCUUCAUGCAGGUCGCCAUGAAGGAGAGCUCAGGCAAGCUCUAUCGCACUGUCAAGGACGACCAGGCUGUGUUGAUUCACCCCUCAACUGUCCUCCGCACCGAGUUUGACUGGGUCCUCUACAAUGAGUUUGUCUUGACAUCCAAGCAAUACAUCCGAACAUGUACGGGUAUCCGGCCUGAGUGGUUAUUGGAAAUUGCCCCUACAUACUACGAUAUCGACAGCUUUGAGCAAGGUGACGUUAAGCGUUCUCUUGCACGCGCUGCAGAGAAGAAGCGCCGCAAGGAAGCCAUGAAGGCUGGUCGAUGAAGUACUCACUUCAGGAGCCCAUGAAAGAAAGGUCAGGAAAGGCUCUCCAAACGUCCCCUAGAAAUCGACAAUGAAGGCAUGGGCAGGGAUUCAAAACGUGAUCGAUCGACCUCUUUGCUUAUCCAAUGCUUAGCCCUACCAUGUACGUGCGGGAAGCGGCCCUCCAUUGCGGCUCGGCCUUGCAUGGGGCCGACGAGACACAAACACAUUUCUGUUACUGGGAGUAGGGAAGAGGUCUUGUUUGUCGACUACUAUGUAGCUUGACAAAGCUCUUCCCCUCCCUGAUUCAUCCCGGUCUGGAGUUGCACAUCCUCGCAAGUUGACUGGUUGACCACGGCGUUUUACAAGUAUGCGCAUCAGCCACUUCUUCCAUGGUUGGCUGCUCGGUUGAUUUGUUUUUUAAACGGUAUUUCAUGCUUCAAUGUUUCCCCCUCGUUGCGCCCCUCUCUCUCUGGUCCAUUGGUCUCUUUCACUUUGCCCAUUGGGUCUUAAAGUCCUGCAGCACCGUUAGAUUGCCAAAAGAGGGUGUGAGCGAGUGUAAUGGAGGGAUGCGGGCGUUUUUGGCUUGUUUUACUUGUAUCUUGAGUGGAGGUAAAAAGAGAAGAGGCGACAGAUAACCUUGGGACUGAAUAAAGGUUGUGGGAGAGAGAACUAUUGUUAGCACACCGGCCGUAUUUCAAACUAGAUGAAACAUUAUCAACGAAUUCCAGGCACUUGCGCAGUUCUGCAACAUUCAUGCACGACACCUCUUCUGGUUGCUCGAGCGUUUGUCUUGACUGCAUUGUUGCCUCUUCUCCCAGCCUCAAAUCAACUAGGCAGCCAGCUUAGCUGUCAGCAAAGCUUGACUCAAAAUAGCCUGAGUACAGUACUUGUGUCUGUCAGGAUGAAGCUUCUCUGAUGCAGACACAAACAAGGCAUCCCUGCAGAGGGAGGGAGGGUGGCCUGCAUAUCCGUCUCGCCGCGCUUGACGAUGCAGUCUGGAUGUUGGUUCGGCCAUCCAACCCCAAUUUUCCCAAGGUUUUCUCACCUUUCACGUACUUCUCUCUUGGGAUGACGAUGUGUGUGUCAAUGCCUGCUCGUUCUGGAUGUGGGCGACCAGGGGCCGAUAAAAUGGGGGAGCUAGCAGGGCUCCCCUCAUCGAGAUCGGUUAUGGAGGCGGGCAAGACGGGAGAUCGAUGGAAAAAGCAAAAAGAAGCGAAAAGAAGGGAAACGAAGUGUAACUAUGUACGGAUAUGUCAGUGUAAAUAAGUGAGAAACAAUCAUCAACCUUGAAACGUCUCGGUCAGGUUAACGCACAAACAACGCCAUCAACCUCAGCCAAA